CUUCGUCCGGCCUUAUUUCGUCCUGGUCUGUUCUGUUUUGCUCUUCUUGUCCCGCCCUCUGCCGCGCCUCACUAUGCCUCCUGCCCUGACCCACCACUUUUCUGCUGCCGAGGUCGAUGAUCUCAAGCAAACGUUCUCCACAUACGACAGCGAUUCUGACGGCGUCCUCAGUCUCGAGGAGUGCCGGCAGGUCGUCAACACCUUUGCCGGCCGCAACUGCGGCGACUACGAGAUCCAGAGCCUGCUCCGUCUCUUCGACGCCGAUGCCAACGGCACCAUGGACUUGGACGAGUUUCUCAAGUUCAACUAUGCCGUGCGCACCGGAUUCUUCGACCGCCCAGUGAGCCUCAAGGACGCCUUCGUCAUGGCCAACCGCAGCCGCACUGGCAAGCUCACCCACCGCGAGCUCCGCCAUCUGCUCAAGACCAACGAGAGCUACUCCAAGGAGCAGGUCAAGAACAUCCUCUCGACCCUCGACACCAGGCUUGUCAGCUACCCCCAGUUCAUCCGUCUCGUCAACCGCCUCGAAAAGGAGUUGUAGAGGCGCAACUUGCCUGGAGCCGGGGGGAUAGGCUCCUCCUCCUCCCGCUCCUGUUGGGAGCGUGGCGGGAUAAGUCCCUGCCAAUGCUGUUCCUAAGAUUCCCGUGCGACUUCGUACCGCUUGCCCUGUAAAUCUCCCACACACGAUUAUUCUUGUUAUUCCUGUACAUCGAAUAUACUACAUCCACGUAUAUAGGCU